CAAGCACGCGACUGACGUUGACUUCCUGUUUGUGUGGUAAUGUGUACUUUGCUACGUGUGAAGGUAAAACUAAAGGAGAACUAAAGAAAUGGCUGAUAUGACCAGGAUCUGAUAAUGAUGUUUGAAGCAGGACUAUCCAAUCAUCUUACAAGAGUCAUAAUUUAACAUAGAUCCAAAAGAAGGCAAUAUGACCUAGAGAGUCAGGAAUACUUACGACUCCAGAUAUUGCAGAAAAUCUGAUCUGAGAAAUCUCUAUAAAAACUACAAAUAUGAGGAGUUCAAGUGCACAGAGACUGGAGAGGAAGUUGAACAAACACGCUGUGACAAUUCUGAUUGGAGGGAUAUUUCUUUCCUUUAGCUCACUCAUGUUUUUGUCUUUCUGCCACAUGCCAUGUGAGGAUCGAACAUAUGCUGUUGCUCACGAAAGUUUGAAGGAGGCUCAGAAUGAUGCCUACUGGAGCGGCAACCUGCUGUCCCCAAGACGAGAUAUUUCUGUUUUCCUUGCAGUUGUUAUUCCAUCUGCUCCAGGGAAUGCUAGACAGAGAGAUGUUGUUCGUGAAACCUGGGGUAAUGAUCUAGGCCAGGAUUCCAUUCUGAGAUUUAUGAUAGGCACUGGCAAUGUUAGUUUGACAGUUGAGAAGGAGCUGGAGAGAGAAAACUUACUCCACAAAGAUCUUGUGCUUCUUAAGUUAAAUGAUUCUUUUGUAGCUUUAACAAAGAAAAUUUUAGAAUCUAUGAAAUGGUUGGAUAGUAAAAUAGAUUUUAAGUUCAUGCUGAAAGUGGAUGAAGAUACUUUUGUUCAAGUUGAAAAAUUCAAAUCGGAAUUAAAAUUAAAACCAAAGAAAAGGCUUUAUUGGGGAUUUUUCGAUGGACGUGCAUCUGUUAAAAAAUCAGGGAAAUGGCCAGAGAGAGAUUGGAAACUUUGUGAUAGAUAUUUACCCUAUGCUUUAGGGGGAGGCUAUGUUUUAUCAAGUGACUUGGUCCAUUACAUUUCAUCAAACUCAAAAAUGUUAAAACUUUUUAACAAUGAAGAUGUAUCUGUAGGUGCUUGGCUCGGCCCUCUGGACAUUCUUCGUCAACAUGAUCCAAGAUUUGAUACAGAAUACAUAUCUAGAGGAUGUAAAAAUGUUUAUCUUGUAACGCACAAACACACUAAUAUGCAAUUGCGAGAAUUUAAACAAAAUAUGAAAAGUACUGGGAAAUUGUGUACAAAAGAAUACCAGCACAGGGUAUCAUAUAUUUACGACUGGAAUGAAAUGCCAUCCCGGUGUUGCCUAAGAACAGAUAAAUCCAUUCCAUAAACAUCUACAAAUUUACCUUAAAUAUUAAAAUUUUUGAAAUCUGGACAUUUAUACACGGGUACUAAAAGUGCUUGCUAUUCUUUUUUACACAUUUUCCCUACAUUAUGCCCAGGGUGACAUCACAAACCUAAAACUGAGAGAUUGACUUAUUACAGGUCAACAGAUAGCAUUAAUUAGGAAUUCUGCUAAGCAGCAAUAAUAAAUGAUUGGGUCGGCUUAUUAGUACUAGAGUUUGCUUAAGUGCCUAAUAACUGUUAAACAUACAAUGUCACGUAUACUGUGUUGACUACAAUGUCAUGUAUACUGUGUUAACUACAAUGUCAUGUAUAUAUAGUGUGUUAACU